AUGACUUCCUCCACCCAAUUCGCGCUCGAGACCUGCCCCAUCGCCCUCACCCCAGACACUCCCAAGGGAGCAAUUAUCCUCCACGCCGUUUCGGGCUCCGGCGUCUGGGGCAAGGGCAUCGCCUCAGAGAUCGGCGCGGUCUUGCCCGCCGCCAACAUUGAAUACACUGCCUUUUGCGACAAGAACAAGUUCUCCUCCGACGAGGCCUACCCGGCACGCGACGGCGUCACCGGCCGCGCGCUGCUCAUCCCGCCGCAAGCCCAGGACGCUGGCCAGGGCGCGCCCGAGGUCUUUGUCGCGUGCCUCUUCACCAGCUACGGGAGCGGCUUCGCAGACGCCGAGAAGGGAAAGCCGCCGCUGGACAUGCAGGAUGUCAUUUUGGCGCAGACAAGGCAGGCGCUGAGGGACCUGCGGCUGCAGCUGGAUGACCUGGUCGGCAGGGGCGGUGGCGGGGGCAACAAGAGUGUCGGCAGCUCGGUCAAGACCGCCGGGUUGGCCACGCCGCCCGUGAUCUACUCGCCAAAGUUUAAUUCGGGGGCGUUUCAUGUACCAUGGGAGAAAACUGCUGCUCUGGUCGAGGAGGCUUUUGCGGGGUGGGAUGGGAAGUGUGAUUGCACAGGUAUUAUCAUUGUCGUUGACAAUUCCGACAAGAAGAUCACUCCCGAGGAGCACGUGUUCAACCUACAUUGAGCAUGUUGCAAGUCUGACUUGACAUGCGACCCGGACAUUUGUACUGCACGGAGGUGAGAGAGGAUAUUGAUACCGAUUUGUUUUGGAUUCAGGUCUACUCCAAAAGGGUAUGGUCAAAAUCAGAGGGGAUGGUGCGGCAGAUCGGACCUGGACAACCCUGCAAGGCAAUAUCUUUGUGACGUGUUGAACUAUAAAACACUGAACAAUGGCGAGAGCUCCUGUCAAUGAAUGACUAAUGCCUGUGACUUCGUUAAAUAUAGCCUGCGACAAGACGCCUG